CCCUUCCCGGUCCACUUUUUUGGACCCCAUAGGAUGCUAUCAGGAUCUGGAGCCAAAGACUCGGCUUCCAGUUGUCUUAAUGGUGGACAAAUGGCCUACGACUUUGAACCUCUGUCUCUCAUCUGUCUUUGAACCUGAGACUCUCAUCUGUGAAAUGGGGACAGUAAAUGGAGCCAAACAGGAAACAUUUGCAUAAAGCCUUGCAGCCAAUCGGCUUAUAUGUAGAAGCAGGAAAAGCUAUACACAACUGUUAGCCCCGGUUUAUAGGGAAAGGAAUUCAGUUUUCAGAGAGGGCUACUGGCUUGCCUAAUAUUUCACAGCAAAUUUUGAGUGAUUGCUUAUUUCCUUGUGUAUGUCAGGACCAAAAGAGUUUGUAAGAAUUACAAUAAUUUGUGAACAUAAAGGCUAUACAAACAUUCAGAAGGUUAUUUUUAAAAAGAAUUGUAUGUAGUGACACAUGCCUGAAUCCCAGCUCUUAGGAAGCUUAGGUGAGAGGAUUCCUGUGGAUUGGGGGGAAGCCAGGUCCACACAGCAGUGCCCCUGUGUAGAAAAAUAAAGGCUGUAUGUUUUCAGUCCCCUGUACUGCCAAUGAGCUAUAUCCUCCAGCCCCGAGUCUUUAUUCCUCAGACAGAAUCACAUAUAAUCCAAGAUGACCUUGAGUUGACCCAGCUGCCUCCACCUCCCAAGUGCUGGAAUUGCAGGCCCAUUGGAACAAAAAUCUAAAACUACAGUCUAGCUUCAGGCAUUGAAUUACGUGGCACUUGAGAAACAUAAUGCUUUCCUGACGGCAAUCCUGCAGAGGAAGCAUCCUAGCGUGGGCUGUAGAUACCUCCCAGACCCUCCAUGGCCCUCACAAUGCUGAAUGGACUUCUUAUUGAGGACUCAAGCCCUUCUACAGUUCUGCACCAGGUUGGCAAGAAUCCUCAGCUGGAUGCCUUCAACUACCAAAGCUGUUUCAUGCAAGAUCUCUUUGCUCAUUUCCCCGAGGUCUUAUUUAUACACCGGACCUAUAACCCAAGAGGCAAGGUGUUAUACACCUUCCUGGUAGACGGACCCCGGGUACAGCUUGAGGGUCCUCUUGCCCGAGCAGUGUACUUUGCUAUCCCUACCAAUGAAGAUGCCAAAGGCCUGGCCCAGAUGUUCCAGGUGUUCAAAAAGUUUAACCCAGCAUGGGAAAGAGUCUGUACCAUCCUGGUGGAUCCCCACUUCCUCCUGCUGCCCACCCUGACCAUGGAGUUCCCGGCAGCUGAAGUCUUGCUCUCGGCCUUCCACAUCUGUAAGUUCCUCCAGGGUAAAUUCUAUCAGCUGUCCCUAGAGCAGCCUGUACAAAGUGUCCUCCUGUCCUCCCUGCAGAGCACAAUGUGCUCCGCCACAGCUGGCAACCUGAGGAAGCUGUACACGCUCCUGAGCAACUGCGUCCCCUCCAGCAGGCUACCUGAGCUCCACUCACACUGGUUACUCAACGACCGCAUCUGGCUGGCCCACCGCUGGAGAAGCCGGGCCCAGAGCAGCCGGUACUUCCAGAGCCUGGAGGUCACAGCCCACAUCCUCAGCCAGUUUUUUGGCACCACUCCAUUUGAGAAACAAGGCAUGGCAUCCGUGUUCCGAUACAUGCAGCAGAACCCUUCCGACAAAGCAAGCUUCAGCCUGGCUGUGACCCCCGAGGACGCUCACACUCCUCCAGAUGCCAGCCUUGAGAACCCCAGCACAGAGCAGUUGGUGGAAGCCCGUAUCCAGCACUCCCUCAAUGCCAUCUGCACGGGGCCAGCAGCCCAGCUAUGCCUAGGGGAGCUUGCUGUGGUCCAGAAGUCCAUGCACCUCAUCGGCUCUGGCUCAGAGAAAGUGAACAUACAGAUUCUGGAGGAUACGCACAAUGUCCAGCCCCAGUCCCCGGCCAGCUGUAGUUGCUACUUUAACCAAGCCUUCCACCUGCCCUGCCGGCACAUCCUAGCCAUGCUCAGUGCCCGCCACCAGGUACUCCAGCCUGACAUGCUACAGGCUCAGUGGACCUCAGGCUGUGCCACUAGUCUCGACAGCAUCCUGGGAAGCAAGUGGAGUGCCACCCUGGAUAAGCACCUGGCCGUGACUCUCCUCACUGAGGAGGUAGGUCAGCUCUUACAGCACUGUAGCAAGGAGGAAUUUGAGCGUCGCUACAGCACCCUUAGGGAACUAGCCGACAGCUGGAUCGGCCCUUAUGAGCAGGUACAGCUCUGACCACACAUACAUACCCAAUACUGGGAAUUGAACCCAGAGCAGUACGUACCUUAGGCAGACACCCUACCACUGCCUCUUUUUAUUUCUUAUUCGGAGACAGCCUCUCACUAGAUUUCCUAGGCUGGCCUGAAACUUACUAUAUAGCUGAGACUGGCCUUGAACUCCU